CUGGCCCGGUCAGACGACGGGCCUGUGCAGCAGCAAACAUACCGUGCAAACAAACCAUUUCAAAGUCAAUGGGAGAAAUUCCCAGCAGACGAGAAAAAGAGGACGACAGGAGCUAAAAGAAAGGAACUGGGACACAGUGGAGAGAAGCCAAGGAUUUGUUUCUAUUAUGCAAAGUGAUUGACACUUUGCUCCUUCAAUCUGGAUAAAUAAGGAGAGGACAAAAAGGAUACUGCUCUUUUAUUGGAUUGGUGCAUUUCUCUUGGAUUUCUCACUUCCCUCCUCCUGGACUGGCAGCAGAGGAGGAGGCAGAGCCGCCACCGCCGCAGGGAUGAAGUUCAACUACCACGUCCCGGCGUCGACCUACACACGCGCCUCACAGUACACACCAACCUACCACACGCCGACAACCUACACUCCGUCACAAUACACACCGACGCAGUACAAAUCCUCAUACACGUCCACGACAAAGUACACCCCGACGCAGUACAGCACGACACAGUACACUCCGUCAUACCACACGUCCACAUACAAAAGUGCACCAACUUACAUCCCUUCAUAUACCAAGGAGCCCCGGUACCGCUCCACACGUCGCCCGCAGGCCCAGGAGCCUCCUGCACCGGUCGCACCGGUCACACCUGCAAAGAGAACAGUGCACUUCCCCAAUGACAUCAUCUUCCAGGAUAUUGUCCGACGGGGAGAUCUGGAGCAGAUCGGUCGGUUCAUGAGGGCGAGGAAGGUUCGUGUGGAUACAAUCUUCCACUCAGGUAUGGCAGCGCUGCAUGAAGCCGUGCUGACAGGAAACAUGGAGGUGGUGAAGCUGCUGGUGAAAUACGGGGCUGAUGUUCAUCAAAGGGACGAGGACGGAUGGACGCCACUUCACAUGGCGUGCAGCGACGGCUACCCAGAAAUUGCUAGUUACCUGCUGUCGAUAGGAGCCAGCACGGAGGCAGAGAAUGAAAACGGAGAGAAGCCCGCAGACCUCAUCGACCCAGACUGCAAAGAACUGGCCCGGCUGUUUGAGACUGGCUGUGUGUGACCCGCCAUCACACGGACCCAAGAGGGGACAGAGACAGAACGAUGAGCUCAGGCCCACAGAGGAAAACGCUCAGGCCACCAUCACUGAUCCUGUAAAGCGACACGUUGGGUCUGUUUGUUGGCUUCAGACGUGUAGGACACCUAACUUUGAGAUUUUUUUUAUCGUGGCCAUGAGGCAAUAUUCAAUUGAGCUGUCUUUCGGUUUCUGGUCAUAUUUAAUUUAAAUUUAUUUUGUGAAUUUGUGUAUUUCUCAUAUAGUGUCUGUGGUAUGUCUGUACUCUUUACUCACAUGUCAUGUACCACAAGGACAAACACGUGUCACUGAAAUGUCGUCUUGACACGUGACGUAUGAUCCUCUCGGAAGAAAAUUAGAUUCAUUUCACUCCUUGUGUAUUUUCCAGCACUGUAUCUGUGAUAGUGUUUAUCAGUUAAGCAGGUUGCACUGUGCAGCCUCCAUGUUGUAUUAAAUCUGCAGCACCGAAUUGGGGACGUUAGAUGUUGGUGUCUUACACAGAGUUGUGUAUCCUCACUGCUGGGCAGAGACAGGAUCCACAUUAAUAGUUAAUACUUCACAGAUAGGUCAGGAAUUGAAGAAGAAAAAAAGAGAUUAUGCUGCACAAGCACUUCUUCUGCUGCGGUGUUUCUUCCCUAAUGAAUUGCUGGUGGUUUCCAUAUAGUAGAAAUGCAAUUAUCAGCAAUGAAAGUCUUAUAAUUGUCUCUACAAUAAUUAUUUUUGUACAUUUUCAUAAAAUAAAGAAACCUUUUAUAAACAUA